GUCAUCACAACAAAACGGAAGCGUGUACGCCAGAUAUUAGCACCUUCACUUUUGUUUACAUGUGAUAUCGAAUGUGCUGACUCUUAUGUAGUAAUGUGUUAAUGUUUGAGCGUACGGCUUUAACGUCGAGCGACACGCUUUCUCAUACUUUAUAACUACAGGGAAAGUUACUGUUUUUUGAUAAACAACAAUAACGACGCAUGAAUUAGGCUACGUCAACGUUUGCUAACUUGCUACAUACUUAGCCUUAUACCUGCUGGUUUGAUGCUGGAGCCCUUUGGAGAAACGCAGCAUGUACCCUCGCAGUACUGCACCGAGGGAUCGGCCAACAUCUACUGGCGGCCCGUACCCACUCCCAGGCGUACCCCGCUAUUACGAUUACAACGAGGAAAGCAUCGUUAGACGUUAUGUCCCUAGGCCAAGGAGGUUACCUCCUUAUGAAUGGAAGCUGCCACCAUCCCCCCCUCCAAAUCAUCCGUCUCACACACCACCUAUGACCAAUGGACGCAAGAGGCACCAUGAUGAAUCCAGGCCCUACACUAUUAAGCGCCAACGCAUUGGCUCCCAUUCCCCCCAACAGAUAGGCUCCCCUAUGUCUCACCAUCCUCUCUCUCAUCUUCCUAAUCAAGUGGUAGCUGGGUCUUCAAGGUCGAUCCUGUCUGGAUUUAAUCCCUCUUAUCCCACUUCACACCACAAUUUUCCCUCUCCAUCAAAUAGCAGCCACAGUUUCCAGGUCUACGGUAAAGACAAGCUGAGUGAUCAGAUGGUAGAGUUGUUUGAGGCGUGUCAGCAGCAGCCUCCUGAUUUGGAAAAGAAGGAGAUGUUCCGAACGCAGCUUCAGCAAGACAUACAGCGUGUCUAUGCAGUGGCACGGCUUUACUUAACUGGCUCCUCGAUGAAUGGAUUGGGCUGCCGGAGCAGUGACGCUGAUCUCUGUCUGGUCCUCAAGGAAAAUAAAAGACACGAUCCGCUUCAAGUACUGCAUACCCUCCAAAGAUUGUUCAGAUCACUUUCAUAUGUGGAGAGGACUCAGCUGAUCAGAGCCAAAGUGCCAAUCCUCAGGUUCAGAGAGAAAGGCAGUGAUUUACAGUUUGAUCUGAAUGUCAACAACACAGUGGGCAUAAGAAACACAUUCCUUCUGAGGAGUUACGCCUAUGCUGACCCCAGGAUAAGACCCAUGAUCCUUGUCAUCAAGAAGUGGGCACGGUACCAUCAUAUCAACGAUGCCAGCAAAGGGACCUUGAGCAGCUACACUUUGGUGCUGAUGGUCCUGCACUACCUUCAGACUCUUAAUGAACCUGUUGUCCCCUCAUUACAGAGGGACUAUCCAGAGUGUUUUAAUCCUCUCAUGGACAUCGAUGUAGUUCCAGAGAGAGCCAAACAUGUGCCACCGUACAACUCAAGAAACCACUUGUCUCUGGGAGAUCUGUUUUGUGGCUUUCUCAGAUAUUAUACCCGAGACUUCAGGUGGGAUAGGCACGUGAUUUCAGUUCGAGAAGCCAGAGCUUUGCCCCAGACCAUUUCCAGAGAGUGGAGAAACAAGUACAUAUGUGUGGAAGAGCCAUUCGAAAGAAAUAACGUUGCCAGGGCUGUCCAUGAAAAGAUAAAGUUUGAUGCCAUUAGAGCUCAGUUUGCUGAGUCAUGUCAGCUGCUGCAUGAGACGAAGGACCUGAAUGUCAUCCUUCCAGUCAGAGCCAUGAUUCAUAGCGAGUCAUCCACCAGAUGAGGGAUACCUCUAAUUAAACAAGUUGCCCAGAGUCUUCUACCUCAGGAUAACCGUGUGAGAGGUUCCUACUUUGUCUGCACCUCACGGACUCUGAAAGCUCAGCCUGCCUGCAUUGAUCACAUUGUUUAUACUGGGACUGUACCUGCUGAAAAAUACAGCUUCAGCCAUGUUUUUCCUCCUCCUUUUACAGUUGACUCUGCAGCCUCACUGAUCUUCAUAUUUGAAGAUGUGUUUUAGGUUCAGCCACAUAUAUUAUGUACGGUGUAUAUACAGUACAGUAUAUUGUGCUAACUAGUGACAUUAAAGCUUUUUUGUACUUUCAUAGGUCAUUAAAGAAGCCCUAGGUUUAGUCACAUUUCUACCAUUAUGUGACUUAGCUUGUUAAUUGUGAUAUUUAAAUUGGUGUCAGUUCACAUUCUACUUCAGUUCUUGAGUUCUCCAGUUAUUAGAACAAUAUACACUGUAAGUAUGACUUUCCUCUUUUUGUACAGGAUCUACAUUUCUGACUUUCAAAUGUUUAUUUAAAAGAAUAAAUAUACAAAGAUAUAGGACCGUUUUCAUGUUAUUUUGAGCUCUGUCUCUGAUUUGUUGUCUGUACUCAUUAAAGUGCCAUAAAUACAUAAUGCCAUAAUAACAUUAAAUUGCAAAUUGGCUUGUC